AUGGCCACCACCAUUGCCCGCCGUGGCCUCCACUCCUCCCGCCCGCAGAUGGCCAGUCCUUUCCAUUACCCAGAGGGCCCUCGCUCUAAUCUCCCCUUUAAUCCUUUGACGAAGUAUUUCUUCUUGAGAUACUGGGGCUUUGUGGCUGUUGGUUUCGGCGCUCCCUUCGCUAUUGCUGGUAAUACUUAA